GGAUCUUUUGGUGAUGCAUCACCAGGAAAGCAAAAAGAAAUUCAAGAAGCAGAUCCUACGUACGAAGAGAAAAUGCAAACAGACAGAGCAAACAGAUUUGAGUAUCUGUUGAAGCAGACUGAGCUAUUUGCUCAUUUCAUUCAGCCUGCUGCUCAGAAAACUCCAACUUCACCUUUGAAAAUGAAGCCUGGACGUCCACGAAUAAAGAAGGAUGAGAAACAGAAUUUACUGUCAGUUGGCGACUACCGCCAUCGUAGAACAGAGCAGGAAGAAGACGAGGAGCUGUUAACAGAAAGCUCCAAGGCAACUAACGUCUGCACGCGAUUUGAAGAAUCUCCAUCAUAUGUUAAAUGGGGAAAGCUGCGUGAUUAUCAGGUCCGAGGAUUGAACUGGCUCAUCUCUUUGUAUGAAAACGGCAUCAAUGGUAUCCUAGCAGAUGAAAUGGGUCUUGGGAAGACACUGCAAACAAUUUCUCUUCUUGGGUAUAUGAAACACUACAGAAAUAUUCCUGGUCCUCACAUGGUGUUAGUUCCUAAGUCCACUCUGCAUAACUGGAUGAACGAAUUCAAGAGAUGGGUCCCUACGCUUCGAGCAGUUUGUUUGAUAGGCGACAAGGACCAGCGAGCUGCCUUUGUCAGAGAUGUGCUGUUGCCUGGAGAGUGGGAUGUCUGUGUGACAUCAUAUGAAAUGCUUAUCAAAGAGAAAUCAGUGUUCAAAAAGUUUAACUGGAGAUACCUAGUUAUAGACGAAGCCCACAGGAUUAAAAAUGAAAAAUCAAAGUUAUCAGAAAUUGUGAGAGAAUUCAAGACUACAAAUCGUCUGCUGUUAACUGGAACUCCACUUCAGAACAACUUACAUGAACUCUGGGCGCUUCUUAACUUCCUUUUGCCAGAUGUCUUUAACUCAUCUGAAGACUUUGAUUCAUGGUUUGAUACAAACAACUGCCUAGGGGAUCAAAAGCUGGUGGAACGUCUCCACAUGGUGCUACGACCAUUCCUUCUACGUCGCAUUAAGGCUGAUGUAGAGAAAAGCUUGCCUCCAAAGAAGGAAGUUAAAAUCUACGUGGGUCUCAGCAAAAUGCAGCGAGAAUGGUAUACACGGAUCUUAAUGAAGGAUAUAGAUAUAUUGAAUUCAGCUGGGAAGCUGGACAAAAUGAGACUGUUGAAUAUCCUCAUGCAGCUGCGAAAAUGUUGCAAUCAUCCGUAUCUCUUUGAUGGAGCAGAACCUGGUCCACCUUACACAACAGAUAUGCAUUUGGUCACCAACAGUGGCAAAAUGGUAGUACUGGACAAACUGCUGCCUAAGUUGAAAGAACAAGGCUCAAGAGUCUUAAUCUUCAGUCAGAUGACCAGAGUCCUGGAUAUCUUGGAAGAUUACUGUAUGUGGCGAAAUUAUGAAUAUUGUAGACUGGAUGGACAAACACCACAUGAUGAGAGACAGGCAUCUAUUAAUGCAUAUAAUGAACCCGGUAGCUCAAAAUUUGUGUUCAUGUUGAGCACACGGGCAGGAGGUCUUGGAAUCAAUUUGGCUACUGCUGAUGUCGUCAUUCUGUAUGAUUCAGACUGGAAUCCACAAGUAGACCUUCAAGCUAUGGAUCGAGCACACAGAAUUGGCCAGACAAAGACUGUUCGAGUGUUCAGGUUCAUCACAGACAAUACAGUAGAAGAAAGAAUAGUGGAACGUGCAGAAAUGAAGCUCCGGCUGGACUCCAUAGUCAUUCAGCAGGGCAA